GGGACACCGCAAAAGGAUGUUAUAAUAAAAUCCGAUGCCCCAAGCACAUUGCUUUCGGAGAAACAUGCGGACUAUAUAGCUUCGUAUGGAACAAAGAAAGAUGAUUAUGAAUACUGUAUGUCGGAGUAUUUGAGGAUGAGUGGUGUUUACUGGGGGCUGACAGCAAUGGAUCUCAUGGGGCAGCUGCACCGAAUGAACAAAGAAGAAAUUCUGGCAUUCAUCAAAUCAUGCCAACAUGAAUGUGGUGGAAUAAGUGCCAGCAUAGGUCAUGAUCCUCAUCUUCUGUAUACCCUCAGUGCUGUCCAGAUUCUUAUCUUAUAUGAUAGUCUCCAUGUUGUUGAUGUAAAUAAAAUUGUUGAAUAUAUACAGAGCUUGCAAAAAGAAGAUGGAUCAUUUGCUGGAGACAAAUGGGGAGAAAUAGAUACAAGGUUCUCCUUCUGCGCUGCAGCAACUCUUGCACUUCUGGGAAAGCUGGAUGCUGUUGAUGUGGGGAAAGCAGUAGAAUUCGUUUUGUCCUGUAUGAACUUUGAUGGAGGAUUUGGUUGUAGACCAGGUUCCGAAUCACAUGCAGGACAGAUCUAUUGUUGCACAGGAUUUCUGGCUAUAACAGACCAGUUACAUCAAAUAAAUGUUGACUUGCUGGGUUGGUGGCUUUGUGAACGUCAGUUACCUUCUGGAGGUCUCAACGGACGACCAGAAAAGUUACCUGAUGUAUGUUACUCAUGGUGGGUGCUAGCAUCUUUGAAGAUGAUUGGUAGGUUGCAUUGGAUUGACAGAGAGAAACUGCGCUGCUUCAUUUUGGCUUGCCAGGAUGAGGAGACGGGAGGAUUUGCUGACAGACCAGGAGAUAUGGUGGAUCCAUUUCACACCUUAUUUGGAAUUGCUGGACUAUCUUUAUUAGGAGAAGAACAAAUUAAGGCCGUCAAUCCUGUCUUUUGUAUGCCAGAAGAUGUCCUUCGAAGAAUAAAUGUACAGCCUGAGCUUGUGAGCUAAGCCUCGUAGAGACAAAAGGUUGAUAUGCCUGGUUGCUUUGAUUUUACUGAUUUAAGUCAUCUCAUCUCUGAAACUGUUAGCAUAUUCUUCUUUGAGAUGUGUUUACAUUAUGAAAGUAAAGCAAUAGCUUUACUGUGGGCUUUGUCACUUUGUAAACUGUAUCAGAACAGGCUGGUUCUAAUAAUAUGAGUGUAACAUUCUUUGGUUGUAUAUAUGAGAUGUAGAAACAUUUCUAAUCUGUAUCUAAAUAUAUG